AAUGAACCCUAUCACUAUUUCUCAAUCGAUCGACAAAAAGAAAAAACGAUAAAAAUCCGAUCCCUAAUAAUCUCUCUCUUUUUGAUCAUUUAGUCAUGUCGAUAUCCACCAGCAGUUUUCAUCAAGAGAAGGAAGCUCAUCCCGGAAAGAAACAAAAGAUGAGCGAUGGAAGCGAAGCUGCUGAAGAUAUGGAUCUUGGGUUUAAUUUCCCCCAAUCCCCCGUAAAUCGAUUAAACCCCCUAAUCUAUGGUUCAUUAAUAACUGAAAACAUAGGUGAGCAAAACAAGAACUGCGACAAUUGUGGGAAGAUUGGUGAUCAUCGGACAGAAGAUUGUCGUUCUGGAAUUUAUGGUAGGUCACGAAAGUAUGACCAAAACACUAUCCGUUUUAGAAACCUCUCAGAAGAUACCCACAGGGAUCAGUUGGGUUGGCUGUGCAGUAAUUACGGGACAGUUGCUCGUGCUGCUGGUCCUGAAAUUAAGGGCAUGAAAGAUCAAGGUUUGGUGGCCUUUGAAAACAAGAAAGAUGCACAAAUAGCCAUUCAGAAGCUCAAUGGUUCCACUUAUAAGGGUCGCGUUAUCACAGUCGAGUGGGCUUUGAAAGAUAAUGCACCAGACCUCCAGGAAACCAAGUGCAGGUAUUGUGGGAAGAUUGAUGAACACUCGGAUAAACAUUGUCCUUUAGUAGUUUUUAACCCGACGAUAGGCAAGUAUGUCCAUAGCACUCUCCAUUUUAGAAACUUCGCAGGAGACACUGAUAGGUCAGACAUAUCAUGGCUGUGCCGUAAUUUUGGGGAACUUGCUUGUGUUUUUGAGCCUGGAUUGUAUUUUGAGGGAGAUCAAGGUUUGGCGGUAGCCUUUGAGAACAAGGAAGAUGCACAAAAGGCAAUUCAGAAGCUCAAUGGUCUCCUUUAUAAGGGCCGUGUUAUCACAGUCGAGUGGGCUAAGGAAAAGAACUAGAAUUCCCCUUGAAAUCUUGAAAUUAUCCCUGUGUUUGUUAUUUCUCCUUGUUUUGUAAUAACUAGUCUAUGGACGCAUGUAUAAACUAACUUAUGGCCUUGCGCAUGCAGAUAUGUUUGGAGUGUAUCUUUUUGAGUGCUGUC